CUGAGCAUUCCCGGCCCCCGCCGUCUCGGCUCGUCCCUGCCAGCCAAGGACUGGAGAAGGAGGUAGUCCCCAGUCCCAGCAGGGCAUCCUGUGAGCAGAUUCAGCGUUCAGCAAGGUCGGUGCCCUAUCUGGGACAGGAAAGGGGGUGCUGGGCUCCCUUGAAGGUGGACCUGGGCCUUGAAGGUGGACCCGGAGCUGUGGCCCCGGCGGCCCGGGCUUCCCCAGCGGGUGCUCCCAGCCUGGGAGGGGAGGAGCAGGAGGGGCGAGGCGCCCUCCCGGGUGGCGAACUAUCACGGAAUUUGACACCCAGAGAGGCAGCUGGUCCCUGGCCAGGACUCCUGAUCCUUCUCAAAUGGAAACGGUUUCUCCCAGUGAACCUGCCGGAAUUCUCAGUGGAAUAUCACUUCGCCUUUGCCUCCUGGCGCAUUUAACCAAGGCCGCAUUUACCACUUUGAGACAAGGAAGGUUCCAAAUGGAACGGGGCUCCCGUAUGCAGAACAAGAGUCUCUUGAUGGAGUCUGGCGGCAUAGAUUGAAAUGACUGAAGGACCAUAAAUAAAGCACACUGAUAAACAGCAAAGCAUCACAUUCAUCACCAUGAAAAUUAGUCUUAGAUUCUUGCUGAGAGAACUACUAAAGGAUGGACCCUAGCAAGAGAAAAAGUGAAUCUAAGGAAUGGAGUGGGAUAUAAGCAAUAGCGGCAUUUCAGCUGGAAAUUUCCUAAUAGGCACUGCUUUGCUACAUUUUAGACUGACAAAAGGAUACUAUAAGAUCUGAUGACAGAGUUUGGUGAAUGAGGACUCUCUCCUACUUUGCUGUUUGGAAAGUGGGGAGGAGGAAGAGGAACUGAAGACGAGGUGGUGGCCGGCGGUCGGGGAGCAGCCUCCAGACCCUCGAGCAAGCCUCCUCUCCAAGGCAGGAAAAGCCCGAGAAUCUACCCACUGGAGCGGCCAGAGGGCCUGAGCUCCAAAGCCCCGGACCCGGCGGCCGGGGGCGCCAGCCCCUCAUGUUCCGCAGAAGGAGCAAACGUGAUGUCAUGCCCAUUGUUUUGGUGCGCCCAACCAAUCGGACUCGCCGCCUGGAUUCUACCGGAGCCGGCAUGGGCCCUUCCUCGCACCAGCAGCAGGAGUCCCCGCUCCCGACCAUAACGCAUUGCGCAGGGUGCACCACCGCCUGGUCUCCCUGCAGCUUUAACAGCCCUGACAUGGAAACCCCAUUGCAGUUCCAGCGCGGCUUUUUCUCAGAGCAGCCGCCACCGCCGCCGCGCUCCUCACACCUGCAUUGCCAGCAGCAGCAACAGAGCCAGGACAAGCCGUGCCCGCCCUUCGCGCCCCUCCCGCACCCUCACCACCACCCGCACCUCGCGCACCAGCAGCCGGGCAGCGGCGGCAGCAGCCCAUGCCUCCGGUGCAACAGCUGCGCCUCCUCCGGUGCCCCAGUGGCGGGGGCGGGGGCGGGGGAUAACCUGUCCCUGCUGCUCCGCACCUCCUCGCCCGGCGGCGCCUUCCGGACCCGCACCUCCUCGCCACUGUCGGGCUCGUCGUGCUGCUGCUGCUGCUCGUCGCGCCGGGGCAGCCAGCUCAAUGUGAGCGAGCUGACGCCGUCCAGCCAUGCCAGUGCGCUCCGGCAACAGUACGCGCAGCAGCCGGCGUCCGCCUCCCAGUACCACCAGUGCCACAGCCUGCAGCCCGCCGCCAGCCCCACGGGCAGCCUUGGCAGCCUGGGCUCCGGGCCCGCGCUCUCGCACCACCACCACCACCCUCACUCGGCGCACUACCAGCACCACCAGCCCCAGGCGCGCCGCGAGAGCAACCCCUUCACCGAAAUAGCCAUGAGCAGUUGCAGGUACAACGGGGGCGUCAUGCGGCCGCUCAGCAACUUGAGCGCGUCCCGACGGAACCUGCAUGAGAUGGACUCCGAGGCACAGCCCCUACAGCCCCCGACGUCUGUCGGAGGAGGUGGCGGCGCGUCCUCCCCGUCUGCUGCCGCGGCCGCCGCUUCGUCCUCAGCCCCGGAGAUCGUGGUAUCUAAGCCGGAGCACAACAACUCCAAUAACCUGGCGCUCUACGGAGCCGGCGGCGGAGGCAGCACUGGAGGAGGCGGCGGCGGCGGCGGCAGCGGGCAUGGCAGCAGCAGUGGCACCAAGUCCAGCAAAAAGAAGAACCAGAAUAUCGGCUACAAACUGGGCCACCGGCGCGCCUUGUUUGAGAAGCGCAAGAGGCUCAGCGACUACGCGCUUAUCUUCGGCAUGUUCGGCAUCGUGGUCAUGGUUAUCGAGACCGAGCUGUCGUGGGGCGCCUAUGACAAGGCGUCGCUGUAUUCCUUAGCUCUGAAAUGCCUUAUCAGUCUCUCCACAAUCAUCCUGCUCGGUCUGAUCAUCGUGUACCACGCCAGGGAAAUACAGUUGUUCAUGGUGGACAAUGGAGCAGAUGACUGGAGAAUAGCCAUGACUUAUGAGCGUAUUUUCUUCAUCUGCUUGGAAAUACUGGUGUGUGCUAUUCAUCCCAUACCUGGGAAUUAUACGUUCACAUGGACGGCCCGGCUUGCCUUCUCCUAUGCCCCAUCCACCACCACCGCUGAUGUGGAUAUUAUUUUAUCUAUACCAAUGUUCUUAAGACUCUAUCUGAUUGCCAGAGUCAUGCUUUUACAUAGCAAACUUUUCACUGAUGCCUCCUCUAGAAGCAUUGGAGCACUUAAUAAGAUAAACUUCAAUACGCGUUUUGUUAUGAAGACUUUAAUGACUAUAUGCCCAGGAACUGUACUCUUGGUUUUUAGUAUCUCAUUAUGGAUAAUUGCCGCAUGGACAGUCCGAGCUUGUGAAAGGUACCAUGAUCAACAGGAUGUUACAAGCAACUUCCUUGGAGCAAUGUGGUUGAUAUCCAUAACUUUUCUCUCCAUUGGUUAUGGUGACAUGGUACCCAACACAUACUGUGGGAAAGGAGUCUGUUUGCUCACUGGAAUUAUGGGUGCUGGUUGCACAGCCCUGGUGGUAGCUGUAGUGGCAAGGAAACUAGAACUUACCAAAGCAGAAAAGCACGUGCACAACUUCAUGAUGGAUACUCAGCUGACGAAAAGAGUGAAAAAUGCAGCUGCCAAUGUACUCAGGGAAACAUGGCUAAUUUACAAAAAUACAAAGCUAGUGAAAAAGAUAGAUCAUGCAAAAGUCAGAAAACAUCAACGGAAAUUCUUACAAGCUAUUCAUCAAUUAAGAAGUGUAAAAAUGGAGCAGAGGAAACUGAAUGACCAAGCAAAUACCUUGGUGGACCUGGCAAAGACCCAGAACAUCAUGUAUGACAUGAUUUCUGACUUAAAUGAAAGGAGUGAAGACUUUGAGAAGAGGAUUGUUACCCUGGAAACGAAAUUAGAGACUUUGAUUGGCAGCAUCCAUGCCCUGCCUGGGCUCAUAAGCCAGACCAUCAGGCAGCAGCAGCGAGAUUUCCUCGAGGCUCAGAUGGAGAACUAUGACAAGCAUGUCCCCUACGAUGCAGAGCGGUCCCGGUCCUCAUCCAGGAGGCGGCGGUCCUCCUCUACAGCGCCACCAACUUCAUCAGAGAGUAGCUAGAAGAGAAUCAGUUAAUCACAAAAUAAGACUUUUUGCCAUCAUAUGGUCAAUAUUUUAGCUUUUAUUGUAAAGCCCCUAUGGUUCUAAUCAGCGUUAUCCGGGUUCUGAUGUCAGAAUCCUGGGAACCUGAACACUAAGUUUUAGGCCAAAAUGAGUGAAAACUCUUUUUUUUUUUUUUCUUUCAGAUGCACAGGGAAUGCACCUAUUAUUGCUAUAUAGAUUGUUCCUCCUGUAAUUUCACUAACUUUUUAUUCAUGCACUUAAAACAAACUUUACUACUACAUUAUAUGAUAUAUAAUAAAAAAAAGUUAAUUUCUGCA